UGCAGGAGGCUUAUCAUGAUCUGAUGAUGGAUGAAUUUCAUGAGGAUCCCUGCUCGGCGUACAAGUUGACGCUCUCCCCAAGCAAUGCCAAACCGGAGAAUCAAGAUGAUGGCUAUGAGACAAGUGCCGGGGAUGUGUUGACGCCCAAUUCGCAUAGCUCGUCGACACAUUCGGUGACGCCACAGCAUCAGAUGCAACAUGGCGGCAUGGGAUUGGUCACCCAGAGUAAACAUGACCAAUUAAUGGCAACAAAGAGCUCUGAAGCGAAUCAGACUGUGGUGUCCACAUCGAAUAGUCCGCAGGUGCAGGCACCUGGAGCAGCAGUUGCUCCCCCUCCUCUGCCACACUUGAAUAUGCCGAGAAUUUCGAAUAGUGUUGAUGUUGCCGAUCCUUACAGCUUUAUGGGUGAGGAGAUGAGUAUGUUGUCACCGGUAGGAGCUGCUCCUGGUCCUCCUACUGGCCAACCAGGUGGUGCUCCUCAUCAUGUUGUCGAUUUACCCGCCGCUUCAAAUGCAUCGAGCUAUGCUCCGGCAACAGUCUCCUCCGAUCAGAUCAGAUCAGAUAUAUAUAGGAUUAAGGAUCAACAGCAGCAGCAACAGCCUCCUCCUCCAUCCAAUCCCAGUGAGUCUCUCGAGGUGGAGCUCAGUGGCGGCCAAUCGAUGGAUGCCCACAACGAUUUGAGUGCGACAUCCUCAGCGGGUUCAGUGCCAAAGCGCAGAGGUCGCAAAAAGAAACUCAUUUCUGCUGAGAAUAUGCAAAUGACAGUUUCACAGCCACAGUGCGUUGAGAGGGACGGAUCCAGUGAUAUGCUGAAUACGAUGAAGCCCAAGGAGCGCAAGAAACACGAUCGAUUCAAUGGAAUGUCCGAGGCGGAAGUAAUAAAGCGCACCAUUCCCGACCAUCUGUGUGAUAAUCUAGAUAUCGUUAUAGUGGGCAUAAAUCCUGGCUUAUUUGCCGCAUAUAAAGGACAUCAUUAUGCGGGACCCGGCAAUCAUUUCUGGAAGUGCCUCUAUUUAUCCGGUCUGACCCAGGAACAGAUGAGUGCCGAUGAUGAUUAUACGCUGUUGAAACAGGGCAUCGGCUUUACCAACAUGGUGGCACGUGCCACAAAAGGCUCCGCGGAUCUGACGCGCAAAGAGAUCAAAGAAGGCAGUCGCAUUCUGCUCGAAAAACUCCAAAGAUUCCAGCCAAAAAUUGCCGUCUUCAACGGCAAAUUGAUUUUCGAGGUUUUUUCGGGCAAAAAGGAAUUUCAUUUCGGUCGACAGCCGGAUCGUGUCGAUGGCACCAAUACUUAUAUAUGGGUAAUGCCCUCGUCAUCGGCACGAUGUGCCCAAUUGCCGCGUGCCGCAGACAAAGUGCCCUUCUACGCGGCGCUAAAGAAAUUCCGUGAUUUGCUCAAUGGCAGCAUACCGCACAUGGAUGAGGACGAAUGUGUUUUUACCGAGCAGCGAAUACGACAAUGUGCCGAGCAGCAGCAGCAGCAGCAAGUUGACUCCCUCAAGGUCACUCAAACGUUGCCAAACAUUAGCAACAAUAAUAAUAAUAAUAAUAAUAAUAAUAAUAAUAAUAAUAAUAAUAAUAAUAAUAAUGUGGCCAGUGUGGAACAACAUGGCAAUCAGCCAAGCAAUCUGAUUUUUGGCGAGAAUUUGGGUGGAGCAGCUGGAAAUAAUACAAAUAUAGAUGCCAGCAAUCAGGUGGAGAAACUAAUGCCACAUUUUAAUGCAAGCAGCUCGAAUAAUUUUAUCUACGGCAACAAUGAGGAGCAGAAUUAUCUAUGUGUCUAUGAGAAUCAGCAGCAGCAACAAUCACAGCAAACUUUGCCGGAGAAAAAGAAACGUGGUCGACCCAAGAAAAUAAAGGGACAGGAGCUGAUGGAUGCCACAAGCGGUGGCAAGGUGCAACUAAUGCCACAACAUGAUUUUAAUAAUAUAUUAAAUUUAUCCAUGAUGGCUAGUGGAGGGCCAGCAGGAGCUGGAGCUGUUGGUAAUUUAGGACCCGCUCCUGGUGAGUUGCCCACCAAAAAGAAACGCGGCAGACCCAAAAAAGUCAAACCGAGCAUGGAAACAAUGCUGGCCUCGGGCAAACAACAAGUAUGCUCCUCCAAUACGGCAGUUAAUCCCAAUAAGAACCCAACGGGAACUACGACUAGUUUCAUGGAGCACGGUACGGCAUCGCCGCAGAGCAGUAACCAUCAGGUACCGCCCAGUCUCUACAAUACACCGCCCCCAUCUCAUAUACUUUACACGGCCUCCGCUUCGCCAAUGGCAUCGCCUGCUUUGAAUUGUAGUUACCCCGUGCCACAGGCGGCUACGGCGGAGUCACAUGAGAGCGCUGUGGUGAAUGCAAUUAAUCCGGCGCUUGCCCAUUUGGGUGAGACACCGCCGCCCAGUUCACCGAAUAUGUGCGCAGUGGUCGAUUUUGAGCCACCCGAUGGCAAUCCGCUGGCACAACAAUCACCGGAGGGUGUGCCGUAUGCGGCGACACGCGUACCGGAGACACUCACACACUGUCAGCAAUGGUUGUCGCCCAAUAACAAUAAUAAUAACGCCAAGCAGCCAGCAACGGCUCAAGCCUCGCCCGUCGCCAUUGCUCACUAUCCGCCGGGCUUCAGCUAUACGCCGGAACAGCAGCAGCAGGCGGAUCACUGGCAACGUUACGAAGAGCAGUCGCCACACAGGAGAGCCUAUAUGCUGGGCUCACCCCAGCAUACACAGCAGCUGCAUCUUAGUCCACAGGCUGCCUCGGAUAUGUCGCGCAAGAGUCUAUCCGGUUUGGAGUCGCUGGUGGAUCAAAUACCAGCGAUAAGUGAACAUGAAACGUCCGCCAUAUCAUCAGCAACGGCAGCUGCUGCGGCGGCGGCGGUCGAAAGUCGACUGAUGGGUUUACACCAGCAACAACAGAGUAGUCAGCAGCAAAAGCGCUGUCAGUUGGAUGUUAAUGUUGAGCAAGCAGAGCCCAUAGCGCAAAACAGCAAUGUGAUUAAUAGCUUCUCCGUUAGCAGUCUGGCUGCGUCCGCAGCAAACACAAGCAGCGUCACCAGCAGCGAAAACAGCAACCGGCCCAACAAUAGCAGCGCUAACAGCAGCGAAAACAACCAUAACAGCAGCAGCCUUAACAGCAACUGCCUUAACAGCAACAACGCUCACAGCCACCAAGAUUAUAACAGUCACAGUCCAUCAAUAGCGGCUUAUCCACCACACUUAACAGCGAGCAGCAGCAACAGCAGCAGCGUUAACAACAACAACAGCAACAACAACAACAGCAACAACAACAACAACAUCAACAACAGCAGCAGCAACCAGACACAGCUUAAUCUGAAUUUAAAUCAUCAUAUGGCAGCGUUGUCACAUCAUCCGCCCCAAAUGUAUGUGGAGCAUGCGCACAUGGCGCACGUGAACACAAUGUAUGCGCCAGCCUACAACCCACAACAUGGUGCAGCUGCUGCUGCUGCUGCCACCGAUUACGGACAUGGUGCGGUUUAUGGUGUUCAGGUGCCGAGUCCAAAUUAUCCGUAUACGCAUUAUGGUCAUACACCGCCGCAGAGUAAUUAUACGGGCUUUGCCCAUACGCAUCCACAUCCGCAUCCCCAUCCACAUCCCCAUCCACAUCCCCAUCCACAUCCGCAUCAUCCACAUGCGCAUCCACAUCUAAAUCAUUUGAAUCAUCACCAUGGGCAUCUGAGCGUCUUUGAGCGUCUCAAGCCGUCCGAUAUAAGCGGCUAUAGCGGUUUCUGAUGCCAGACAGAGAUGGCGAUAGGUAGAGACACAGAGCAGCAAGAAGAGGAAGGCGGCAGCAACAACAGCUAAAACAACAAAAGCACACACUAUACGAAUACAGCGGCGUUAACUAAAAGAAAACUGUGUAUGUAAAAAAAAACAAACGCUGUGAAAAAUUAGCGGGCAACUUAUUCGAGCGACAAUUGCGUGCAUAAAAAAAUGAAAUUAUCAGCACAAGCCAAAGUAAAAUGCACAAAUUACGUUAUGUUGCGUUGCACAGUGUAUAAAGGCUAUUUUUCGCCUCUCACUUUGCCGAACAAUCGCAAUUGGCCUUCCAGGCUAACUCAACAAUCACAAUAACAAGAACAGCAUUCUCAUUACAAAUCAGCGGCAUCUAAAAAGAAAAAAAAAACUAUGCAUCGAUCACUUCGAAAAAUCGGCGCGACAAUAAGAAAUUCUCAACAGCAGCCAAAGGUAAAUUCAUAAAAUUGCCGAAGCAAAGCAAAAUGAAUUGCAUUUUAGCUUUGCACAAUGUAUGACGGUGGUUUUUGCGUUCUAUCGCUUUGCCGUUCAUUCAUUCUACUGUGUGUAACCCGCCCAAAAACACCAACAACAGCGAUUGGCGACAACUAAAAAAUAAACUGUGCAUGGAUUGGUAUACAUACUAGCAAAUGAUGCGACCAACAAUUGCGCAUAUAAAGGAGUAAAUUCUCGACUAAAAUGCCUUGCCUUGCUUUUUUUUUACGCUCUCUCGUUAUGCCGCUCAUUCUGUUGUCUCGCCUGAAAGGCACCUCUCUCUCCCCCUCCCCCACGACGCGGAUUAUGGCUGAUCGACAGUCUAAAGUCUCACUUUCAAAAUGGCCGCCGCUUUUGCCGCUUAUACUUACAUACACUUACAUAGAAUACAUACAAUACAUGCUAACAUACAAUACAUACGUGUAGUUUUUAAGUAACGUUUUACAAUUAAAUAAGAUAACCAAAGACUCCGCCUAA